UUUAUUUUUUAUUGCUCAGUAAAUACGUGAAGAAUAGUGCAGGUUUCAGUAAUAAAAUAUUCCACCUUCUGUUAAUCAUUCUCUAAAAUUCCAACGAUGAAAGCAGUUGCCCACAGUUGCGUUACCAAAACAUCGUGUGAAUAGUAAUUCCUAAGAAUAAUUUAAAAAUGGCCCAGGACGAUGAUAUCUGCUGGUACCACGGGAAAUUGUCCCGCGAAGGGGCUGAGAAUCUCCUGAGAAAGGGAAAUGAGGAUGGCAUUUUUUUGGUGAGAGAGAGCAGCACCUCAACAGGUGACUACGUGCUCUCUGUGCUCCACAAUCAAGAGGUGAUUCACUAUCAAAUUCGUAAACAUGGAGAGGAUGCUUUCUUCUCGAUUGAUGACGAGACAACAAUACAUGGCCUGGACACCUUGAUAGAGUACUACCAAGAGGACAACCAUGGGCUUGAGAUUAAACUACAGAAGCCCUGCAGAGGUGUCUUGCCCCCUCAUGACACGAGAAGGCAUGGCAGGACUAAUUUGCUGCACAGAGCCACAAUGCAGGGAAAUUAUACGAUAGUGUCAGAGCUCCUGAAGUGCGGAUACAGAAGCCUGGAGGCCAAGAAUGAACUGGGCCAGACGGCGGUGCACCUGGCAGCCAAGGACGGUGCCGAUGAUAUUCUGAAGAAGCUCAUCGAGAGCAAAGCCAGUGUCAAUUGUCGAGACUCUGCUGGCUACACCCCUCUUCACUAUGCAUGCCAAAGUAAUCUUCCUAAUACCGUUAGAAUUCUCAUAUUGGGUGGUGCCAAUGUCCAAGCAAGACACACAGAAACAGGAAUGGUGCCCCUGCACGAGGCAGCAAGUGCUGGUCAACGAGAGGUGAUAAAAGUCCUCCUCUCGAUGAAUGCCCCAGUGCACCCUCGCACCCUGGCCGACGACAUUCCCGAGAGUCUAGCUCGUCGAAACGGUCACGGAGACUGCAUGAAGCUGCUCCGUGACUACGAGACCCCGGCUCCCAAGGAGAAAAAGUGCGACUGGUACCACGGAACGCUGGACCGAACGGAAGCAGUCGCCCUCCUCCACAAGAACGGAGACAAAGAGGGCAGCUUCCUCGUUCGCUUCAGCGACCGUCGAGGGGGGACGUACGUCCUCACAGUGAGCUACCACGGUCAGGACUAUCACUUUCAAAUCCAGAAGAAAAACGAAUAUCUCUUUAUUGAUAAUGGCCCUUACCUGGCGUCCCUGGAGCACGUGGUGGAGCACUACAGGUGCAUGCCUGAUGGUCUCCCAGGGCCGCUGGUGCACCCCAUCCCCCCGGACCCCCGACCCCCAGUUCCCGACAUGCCGCCCUCGAUCUUCAACGGGAAUACCCUGGGUAGGAAACCCUCUGAGGGCCACCCCCAGGCUGAUGGUGUUGCUCACCUCAGGAGCAUCGUCUUUGACAUGGGGCUGAUGUCACCUGCACCUUCUGCAGGUCCAGGGACCGAGGCGAAUCCCUCGAGCAGUUGUCAAGACUUCAUCCCCGGGGAGAACCUCAUCCUCGGGGAGGUGCUGGGGGAGGGGGAAUUCGGGGCGGUCUAUGAGGGGGUCUUCGAGAGCCCCAGGGGGGUCCAGGAACCUGUUGCCAUCAAGACCCUUCGAGACACCCACAACAUCGUGACGAGGGAGGAAUUCCUGAGGGAGGCCAGACUCAUGAUGACUUUCGAUCAUCAUUGCAUUGUGAAGCUCAUUGGCCUCUCCGAGGGGCCGCCUCUCCUCAUGGUCCAGGAGCUGGUGCCCCUGGGCUCGAUGCUGGCGUAUCUCCUGGAGUUCCCCGACAGAAUCAGUCCGACUUAUGAGCUCAAGGUCUGGGCCUCCCAGAUCGCCUGUGGGAUGAAGUAUCUGGAGGAGUUGAGGCUCGUCCACAGGGACCUCGCUGCCAGGAAUAUUCUCCUUGCCUCGAGGCAUCAAGCCAAGAUCAGUGACUUUGGACUCUCGAGGAGCUUCGGGCCGAGUGAUUAUUACAGGGCCACCCAGGGGGGUAAGUGGCCCAUCAAGUGGUAUGCACCGGAGUCUUAUAAUUUUGGGACAUUCUCCCAUGCCAGUGAUGUCUGGAGCUUUGGGGUGACACUUUGGGAGAUGUUUUCUUAUGGGGAGCAGCCCUAUGGAGAUCGUCGAGGGGUGGAUGUGAUUCAACUAGUUGAGAAAGGAGAACGUCUCCAAAAACCUGAAGACUGCCCAGACCACAUCCACGAGGUAAUGAAGAGAUGCUGGUCCUACGCCCCCCAGGAUCGUCCGACCUUCUGCGAGCUCUUCGAAAUAUUCUCCAGCGACCCAGAUUACGCCAACCUAAAAGACCUCGUCGCCAACGUUAACAUGAGUUAGUCACUGCUCCCAAAUUAGACUGGUCAUUUUGGUAAUCGCAGAGAACCAAGAGACAUUGAAAAAAUCAUUCCAAUUCAAUUCCACCAAACAGUGCCAUUAAAAAAAUUCGCUGGUCCAUUUUAUUCCGACUGUAAAUAUAAGAUAAUUUCCAUUUAACCAGAGAUAUGGAUAUUAAAUAAUUGAAUCCAUGUAAAAGGCAGUUGCAAAUUUAUUUACCAUUCUUGUACAGUCAGAGGAAACAUUUUUACUUUGUGUGUAAACAAAAAUGUUCGAUAUCUAUUAUUCUAGGUUCAAUAGAUUGAUGCAUAAGACAUCAAAUAACGUCAUUUGUUCAACAACUCGAUAUUUGCCAUCAAUAACUCAUUCACCAUCGGUUAUUAAAUAAAAACUAUUCAGAUUGAAAAUAUUUCAAUGAAUUUGUCGUCACGUCACCGUCUAUUUUCAUAAUGAAAGAAUAAAAUGAAGACUUCAUCUG